AACCGUCUCGAUCAUCAACUGAUUGGGCAGAAGGGGCGAGCAGAUUGAGCAAGGCUCUAGCGCUAGCCUUGCUAGCAAACCUGCUGGGGGUGUUGGGCUCUUUCUUCACACAUUCUAGCACAUUCCAGCAGGACUCUCUCUCUCUCGGUCGCAUGAAACUCUUUUCUCUGUUUCUUCUGCUAAAUUUAGCGGAAUUUGGUUUUGGCAGAAACGAAGCUAAACUCAGCAGAAAUGAAUUCCCACCAGGCUUUGUUUUUGGGGCCGGAACCUCGGCUUAUCAGCAGGUUGAAGGGGCAGCAGCUGAGGAUGGAAGGACUCCCAGUGUCUGGGACACAUUCGCUCAUGCCGGGAGGUCGCUUGACAAAAGCACUGGAGAUGUAGCAUGCGACGAAUAUCACAAAUACAAGGAAGAUGUUCAACUCAUGAAGAUGACCCACCUAGAUGCCUACAAAUUCUCCAUCUCCUGGUCCAGGCUUAUCCCAAAUGGAAGGGGGCCCGUCAAUUUGAAGGGCUUGCAAUAUUACAAUAACCUCAUCAAUGAACUUAUCAGCCAUGGAAUUCAACCACAUAUUGUCCUCGUCCACUAUGAUCUGCCUCAAGCACUUGAAGAUGAGUAUGAAGGAUGGAUAAGCCCAAAGAUUGUGAAAGAUUUCAAAGCAUAUGCAGAAGUAUGCUUCAGAGAAUUUGGUGACAGGGUGCUAUACUGGACCACUAUCAAUGAGCCCAAUGUAUUAGCCAUUGGAGGUUACGAUACCGCGAAUUUCCCACCCGCACGCUGCUCCUACCCUUAUGGACACAAUUGCACACGUGGCGAUUCCACAUUGGAGCCGUACAUUGCUGCUCACAACAUUUUGCUAGCACAUACAGCUGCGGCCACAAUAUACAAGAAAAAGUACCAGGCAAAGCAACAGGGGUUUAUAGGCUUGAAUGUCUUUGUUUACUGGUUUUUUCCCUCAACAAACUCAAUAGAGGAUAUCAAUGCAACUCAAAGAGCUCAUGACUUCUACACUGGCUGGUUUGUCAACCCACUAGUUUUUGGAGACUAUCCUGAAACCAUGAGGAAGAUUGCAGGCUCAAAGAUCCCAGCUUUCACCAAACACCAAUCUGAGCAAAUAAUGAAUUCGUUCGAUUUCUUCGGAAUAAAUCACUAUUCCUCAGUGUCCGUUUCGGACAAGCCAAACAGUUUGAAGGUUGAAGAAAGAGAUCAUGAAGCAGACAUGUUCGCAGAACUUGUAGUGUGGAGAGACGGUGCACCGCCUGGUGAGUUCCCAACUGUUCCGUCUGGUCUUCGAAAAACGUUGGAGUAUUUCAAGCAAGUUUACGGCAACCCACCUAUCUAUAUCCAUGAAAAUGGUUUCCAAGCGCGUAAAGAUACGUUGAACGACACAGACAGGGUUAGAUACAUAGAGGGGUUUGUUGGAAGCUUGCUGGAUGCCGUAAGGAACGGCUCAGAUGCUAGAGGCUACUUUGUCUGGUCGUUCAUGGAUCUCUUUGAAUUGAUAGGUGGGUACCACAAUCGGUUUGGUCUCUAUCACGUGGACUUUGAUGACAAGGACUUGAAGAGAUCCCCCAAGCUCUCUGCCCAUUGGUAUUCGGAGUUUCUCAAAGGUGGGGAUGAGAUUAGCAUUGAGAAGACCCGUGGCCCACCUCCAACUCCUCAUUUUCUAGCGUUAGGAUUUCAUGAUAUGCGGUCCGCUUCUUUGUAAAGUACACAUGCAUUUUCAUUCUGAUGUUAGGGACCAUGGUUUGGAAAUCCGGACCGUUAGCCUGUUGUGUCCCACCGCAGAUUGACUAUGCCUGGAAAAUUAUCUCGAUUGGAAGAUCUUGACCUAUUGAUCGUGGUCUAGAAGUGAAAGAAAACAACAGUCCAUAUUCAACUGAAAUAUGACCCGAAAAGAACUUUCUACGUUGGAGA